GUCUCUAUAACUCCUGUCAGAGACAGACGGUGAGGGGGAACCAGCGAUACCCGUUCACUUAGACCCAGAGGAAGCGGCUUUGCUUCUUAGAGAGUUUAUUGACGUUAACGGACAAAGGAGUAAGGAAAGCCAGAUCAAGCAGUUUCUCACAGAACAUCAGGACAUUCCAUUGACAUUUACGGAGUUUCUUAAUGUGUUCGAAAAGGAUUACGUGGUCGGCUUAUCAAACAGGAACAUAACACAAGGCCUCAACCAUCUCUACGACACAUACAUUCUCAAUAUACUUAUGAAAGGAAAAAUCAAGAAGAGGGGCUUUAAAGUGAAGAGUUGGAAGGAUCGUUGGUUAGUGCUGACCCCUACAAAACUAAACUAUUUUGUUGGACCUGACGAAAAAGUACAGAAAGGGACGAUACAAUUUGACAGCGAAUGUUCAGUUGAGAUGCCCCCGGAUCGCCCAGCUCAUAAGCCAAAUCGUUUUGUGAUCCAAACCCCUAAGAAGCCCUAUGAGAUGAGUGCACAUGAUCUUAAAUCCAAAAACGAAUGGGUCUCAGCUAUACAGCAGGCGCUUAGCCGUGUUGGAAUUGAUCCAAAUAUUCAAAAAGAGGCUGCACGUGAACGCUGUAAAGCACGCGCUGAAAGACGUCGCCAAGCAGCAGAAGAAGAAAGAAAACGCAGAGAAGAGGCAGAACUUCUCAAAAACAGGGAAGAUGAAUUAGACGAAGAGAAAAGGAGACGUUUACAAGACGAAGAAUUGCUGCGAGCAAGGCUGAACGAAUUAGAAGAGGAACGAAAGAGACGAGAAGAGGCGGAAGCGAGGUGGCAGGAGGAGCAAGCACUACGUGAGGCCGAACAACAGAGGCUGAGAGAACUUGAGGAGAUCAAACGUGAAUUGGAGAGACUACUAGCCGAGGAAAGACAGGCUAAGAAAGACGAAGAAAUUGUCAGAAACCUACAGUCAAAAUUAUUGGAGGAAGAAUUUGAGAAAAGGGAAGAGCUGGAAAGACUUAAACAACAGCAGGAAGAAAUGCUGCGAGCAGAAAGAGAACAGAAAGCUGUGUUAGAGAGUGAUCGUAAAGAGCAGGAAAGAUUGUUUGCCGAGGCACAGGCGAGAUUGGAACAGCUGGAGCGUGAUAAAGCCGCUGCCGCCGAGAAAAUGCAGGAAGCUGCAGAGAAACUUCAAAAAGCAGAGAAGGACCGUUACAUUAUGGAAGAAAAGGUGAAGUUGUGGAAAACACCAGUUGGACUGGCGAGACCUAUACAACCUCACCCGGAACCACUUGUUACACACAGAGGGCUAGGCGCCUUCUGUGACAGAGACUUUGUAAAGAAGCAAGAUGACAAUGCCAACAGGGAAAAUGAGAGUAACGGCAUGGAUAAGACAGGAAUUGAUGGUAGUUCCAGUGAUGUUAAAGAUGACACUGGAAAGAACAAUAUGGACCUAAUAUCAAACGGAAAUAAUUCAGGCGAAAAGCUUAAUGAAAGUGAUAACGUCGAAAUGAAAAGUGACAAAGAAUCCGAUGAAGAAAAGUCACUGAAAUCAAAUCUUGUUCAAAAUCAGGAGGACGAAUUUCAUAAAGAUCAAACAGAGGUUGAUGAUUCUGAUGAAAACAUCGGGAAAGAGUCUGAUAAAGAAGAGGCACCUGAACCUGGAAACGAAUUUGAGUCUAAAACAAAUAAUAAUGAAGAAGAAGAAGUCAUUGAUUCCAAUACAGAAACGAAAGAAAUAACAGAAAAUGUUGAAGUUUUAGAAAGUGAACCAGAAAUUGCUGAUGAAAGUGUUGAUAAAAAUUCUGUCUCAGAUGAAGAUCAACGCGACAGUUCUGGAAAAAUCACAGAAGCGGAUACUGCGGACGAAGAAAUUAUCAAAACUGAACAGUCAGCCAACAUUCAAGAUGACAAAGGUAAUCCUGUCGUGGAAAUUGAACAGUUAGAUGGCAGCCAAGAAGACAAUGAUAAACUUAUUGUGGCAACUGAACAAUCAAGCCACAUCCAAGACGAUAAAGAUAAAUUUACUGUGGAAACAGAACAGUCAGGCGACACCAAAGAGGAUACAGAUAAACUUAAUGUGGUAACAGAACAUUCUGUGGAAAGUAAGUCUUCUGCUGAUAAUGAUGAGUCGAUUACGCCAAAUGGCACUAUUGUACAGAAUGAAGCAUAAACGAAGUUGUCAAGUGUUCAGUUAGGCACUUUUCAUGUUUCUUCUACAUAUGUUUACAAAUGUUAAUACAAGAGAACAUUUUAUAAAUAUAUCUUACUCUCAAUAACAGGAAUUUGACCAAGGCUAAUGGAUGCUUCCCUAACAUCAUACAUUGUUUAAGUCUUACAGACAUAAUAUAUGUAAAAUAUAUAUUGUUUGUAAGAAAUAUAUUUUUCAAAAAUUGUUUCAUAUUGUGUUUGAAAUGAAAUGAUAAACUUACAGCAGAUUAAAAUUGUAUGUAAGCUGCA